CCCCCUCAAAGUCACGAAAAUGAUUCGGUCUAUGCGAUAUAUAUUUGUCGCCUUAUCAAGUUUUACACUUUUCUUUCACUUUCCCCAUCUUUUUCAAACUCUCACAACAACUAUAAUGGCUGCUCACAAACUUUGCAUGAUUCCUGGUCCUAUUGAAUUCCAUGAAGACGUCUUGACUUCUAUGGCCACUCCUGCCACUUCUCACGUUGACCCUCUCUUUGUUCCUAUCUUUGGUGAGUCUAUUGAAAUGGUACGCCAAGUUGUUCAAUCCAAAGUUGCUCAACCUUUCAUCACUUCUGGUUCUGGUACUUUGGGUUGGGAUAUGAUGGUUAACUUGCUUGAAGCUGGUGACGAAGUUCUUGUUCUUACUACUGGUUACUUUGGUGAUCACUUUGCUGAAUGUUUGGAAGUCUAUGGUGCCAAAAUCACUUAUCUUCGCUCUGAACCUGGUUCUCGUCCUUCCACUGAAGCUAUUGCUGAAGCUUUAUCUAAGACCAAAUUCAAAAUGGUUACUGUUACCCACGUUGAUACCUCUACUGGUGUUUUGUCUGAUAUUAAUGCUGUAACUGCCCAAGUCAAGGCUGCUUCCCCUGAAACCCUUGUUGUAGUUGAUGGUGUUUGCUCCGUUGGUUCGGAAGAAAUUCUUUUUGAUGAUUGGAAAUUGGAUGUUGUCAUUACCGGUUCUCAAAAGGGUCUUGGUGUCCCUCCUGGUCUUUCUAUUGUCGUUGCUUCUCCCUAUGCCAUCCAAGUAUUUAAGGAUCGCAAAUCUCCCAUACCUGCUUACUAUUCUAACUGGAACAAAUGGUUGCCCAUCAUGACCGCCUAUGAAGCUCGUAAGCCAGCUUACUUUGCCACUCCUGCUGUCCAAUUGGUCUACGCUCUCCAUACUUCCUUAAAGCUCAUCUUAAGUCAACCUUUGGAAACUCGAUUCAAGAAACAUGCUGCUGUUGCUGCUGAUUUCCGUCAAACUGUCCGUAACUUGGGUUUGAAGACUGUUGCUCAAAGUGAAGAGCUCGCUGCUAACGGUAUGACUGCUAUCUGGUUACCUGAAGGUGUUGAAGUAAGUCAAUUGGUUCCUGCUUUGGCUGGUAAAGGUGUUCAAAUCGCUGGUGGUAUUUUACAAGGUUUGGCUACCAAGUACUUCCGUAUUGGUCAUAUGGGUAUCUCUGUCAUGGAUGAUGAACGUCAACAUAUUCAAAAGGUUAAGGAUGCUUUGGUUUCUUCUUUGACUGAACUCGGUUAUAAAAACUAAGGAAUAACAACAAAUAACUUUGGAUGAAUGAUUGGAUGAAAAAAAAAAUAGAACAAUGAUUUAGUUUAGCAUGCUUGUGCGUUUUUAUGAUUAUCUUUCUACCCUCCUUUUUGAAUUCUCUUCAACUUCUUUAUAUAUAUAUAUAUAUAUCUUUUUUUAUUCAUCAAUAAAUGUCAAUCAAAGAUUAUUUUUUUUCUCUCUU